GCAUUGUGAAUUCGUUCAGAACUUCGUACUCAUUUCGCCCCGAAAGCCUUUACUGGACAAUUCGAUUACACGUUACAAAUAAACCGGAUCCUGGAGCGGAGCGUGAUCAUGCUGGGUCGGACUCCUUCUCUGAGCAGUAGCCUUUCCACUGCCCGUUAACCCGAAGUGCGGAUUCCUUCCUAAGGUUGUUUAAACCUCUAUAAUCUAUAAUGGAUCUAUACUGGUGUGAGAAACUAUCUCCUGAUAGACCGGGUAGUGUAUGACAAGACCAAAAACAAAACAAAAAAAAAAACAACCGGGUUCCUGCGGCGAGGAGACGUCCAUUCUUCGGGCACCGGAAACCACUCGAGCCCGCGGCUCCUAGAGCGGCCUACGACCCCCCAAAACCGAACAGAACAGACUUUUUUCUUCUUUUACUUUACGGAUAAAGAACUCGGCUGUUUCCCGUAAGCGAGGCGAAAGCGGUUGAGGAGAGAUGCGCAGCGUCUGAGAGGAGGCAUUUCAUGCGUUUGGUUUCCCGUACAAGUCUACAGAAUGGCGUCUUAUGUGGAUAGCAGUUUUCGGCAGGCGAUUAUGAAGAACCCCAGCGAAAGGACGCAACAGGAUCUUCAGAUCGUCUACUCGUACCUGCAUGGGAUGGAAGCGCUGUCCAACCUGAGAGAACACCAGCUCAGGUUGAUGUGUGAAACAGUUCGCUACGAGCAUCAUGAAGCCAACGAGGUUUUAUACUACCCUGACGACAUCGGGACCUGCUGGUACAUCUUACUGUCUGGCUCGGUUUUCAUCAAGGAGUCGAUGUUCCUUCCACGCAGCAGUUUUGGGAAGCGUUCUGCAGGGAGUUUACGGCGAGGUUGUGAGUGCAUCGUCCUCGAGGCCUCCGAAAUGAUCGUGGUGGACUAUAUGGAGGACAGCGAGGAGUACUUUCACAGGCAGGCGUCCCAUCGGCAGUCCAGAAGAAGGUUCCGGAAGAUAAAUCAGCGUGGAGAGAGGCAGACCAUCAUCGACACAGUGGAGCAUUAUCCGGUUAACAAGCCUCCUCUUCCUCCAGGCUAUCACACGGAAUCUUCCAAAUCUCAGCUUCCUGCGGAUUUCACGAAGCUCCACCUCUCAGACGGUCUCCACCUCCACAUGUCCUCCAGUCAAUCUCGAUCCAGCAUCGCCAGUGACUCAGGAAGCAGCAGCCUAUCAGAUAUUUACCAGGCUACGGAGAGCGAUUGCGGCGACGUGGACCUUAGCGGAUUGCCCGAGACGGCAGUGGAUUCGGACGACGAUGACGACGACGAAGAAGUGGGGAGAUCGGCGGACCCCCUCAUGAGCCGAGACAUCGUGAGGGACUGCCUGGAAAAAGACCCCACAGACCGCACAGAUGAUGACAUCGAGCAGUUACUGGAGUUUGUGCAGCAGCUCCCGGCAUUCUCCAGCCUCAGCGUGUCCGUGAGGCGAGCGCUCUGUGCCGUCAUGGUGUUCGCCGUGGUGGAGCGUGCCGGAACUAUCGUGCUGAAUCACGGCGAGGAGCUGGACUCAUGGUCAGUAAUCCUGAACGGAGCCGUGGAGGUGAUGUAUCCAGAUGGCCAGUGCGAGACUGUAGGGAUGGGCGGUAGCUUCGGAGUCUCUCCCUCCAUGGAGAAAGAGCUGAUGGUCGGCGUCAUGAGGACCAAAGUAGAUGACUGUCAGUUUGUGUGUAUAGCGCAGCAAGACUACUGCUGUAUCCUGAAUCAGGUGGAACUGAACACACAGCGCGUGGAGGAGGAGGGAGAGAUCGUAAUGGUGAAAGAACACAGAGAACUCGACCGCACAGGAACACGCAAGGGACACAUCGUUGUUAAGGGCACACCAGAGCGUCUGAUUCAGCAUUUAGUAGAGGACCACUCUGUGGUUGACCCAACAUACAUCGAAGACUUCCUGUUGACCUACCGCACCUUCCUGUCCAGUCCUCUUAUUGUGGGCCAAAGACUUUUGGACUGGUUCAAUGACCCCAGUUUACGUGACAAGGUGACACGGGUCGUGUUACUUUGGGUCAACAAUCACUUCAGCGACUUUGAGGGAGACCCGGGUAUGACAGCCUUCCUGGAGGAGUUCCAGAACAAUCUAGAAAGAGAGAAAAUGAGCGGUCAGUUGAGAUUGCUCAACAUCGCAUGCGCCGCCAAGGCUAAAUCCAGAGUAGUUACCAUCACCAGGGCCUCCCGGGAGCAGCCCCUCCCCUUCAUUCUGAUGGGCGGUGCUGAGAGAGGAACGCACCUGUUCAUUAGCUCCGUAGAUGCGGGCAGCAAGGCCGAGGAGGCGGGGCUUAAGCGCGGGGACCAGAUCUUGGAGGUGAACGGGCAGACAUUCGAGAAUGUACACCUGUCCAAAGCCAUCGAGAUCCUCAAGAAUAAUCUCCAACUGUCCAUGAGUGUCAAGACCAACCUUCUAGUCUUUAAGGAGCUGGUGGCACGGAUGUCAGAGGAACGGAAAAACGGGGUUCCUCACCUUCCUAAGAUCGGCGAUGGAAAGAAAAGCUCUCGCUACUCCGUCCCCGAUCUCGGGGUCGAUGCUGGGGUCAUGUAUCAGGAGAAGGUCAGCAAAAAGGCUAAAGCGCACACUGUGGGCGGCCGUAACAAACUGAUGAAGAUUCUGGACAAAACACGCAUCAGCAUUCUACCUCAAAAACCAUACAAUGACCUCGGACUGGGGCAAACGCAGGACGACAGCAUCGUAGGCCUGAGACAGACCAAGCAGGCUCCGCCCACCACGACAAUCACCGGAAGCUUGUCGUCCAGCAACCCCGACCUGGCGCAGGGCCAGCAGCGCAUCAUCGACUACAGCAUGCAACCUCCUGCACCUGGAUUCACUCAGCUACAAGAUCAGGUGCUGCGAGUGUUUAAAGCCGAUCAACAGAGUCGCUACCUGCUGAUCAACAGGGACACGACGGCAAGAGAGGCGGCCAACCUGGCGAUCCGGGAGUUCGGCCUGACCGCCGGCCCCGAAGCGUAUUCACUGUGCGAGGUGUCCGUCUCGCCAGAGGGUGUCACCAAACAGAGGAGGCUUCCGGAUCAGCUCAAUAAACUGGCUGACAGGAUUCAGCUCUGUGCGAGGUACUACCUGAAGAGCAACAUGGAGACAGAGACUCUGUGCUCGGACGUGGAGGCCCAAGAACUGCAACGAGAAUCUCAGGUUUAUCUGUUAUCUCUGAGCUCCACGGAGAUAGCCAAUCAGCUCUCAGCACGCAACUACACGCUGUUCGCCAGCAUCGAGCCCACCGACUACAUCACCGACCUCUUCAAGCUGCGCCCGAACGAGCCGCCGAGCAACCUUCGCAACUUCGAAGACCUGGUCAACCAGGAGACGUUCUGGGUCGCCACGGAGAUCGUGCGGGAAUCCAACCAGGCCAAGAGGAUGAAGAUCAUCAAGCACUUCAUCAAAGUUGCCCUACAUUGUCGCGAAUGCAAGAACUUUAACUCCAUGUUCGCUAUAAUCAGUGGGCUGAAUCUUGCCCCCGUGUCGCGUCUGCGCGCUACAUGGGAGCGUCUGCCGGCUAAAUACGAAAAGCUGUUUUUCGAGCUGCAGGAGGUCUUUGACCCGUCGCGCAACAUGGCCAAAUACCGCAACCUGCUGAACAAGCACAAUCUCCAACCACCCAUCAUUCCCCUUUUCCCCGUCAUAAAGAAAGACCUCACCUUCCUCCACGAGGGUAACGACUCUAAAGUGGACGGACUGGUCAAUUUCGAGAAACUGAGAAUGAUCGCUCGAGAGAUCAGGCACGUGGUUCGGUUGGCGUCAGUCACCAUGGAUCCAGCGCUGCUCUUCAGGACCAGGAAGAAAAAAUGGAGGAGUCUUGGAUCUCUGAGUCAGGUGAGCAGCUCCUCGUUGUCUGAGGGGACGGUGGGUCACAGGCGGAGAGGCAGACGGAGCUCCUUCCUCAGCGCCAAGAAACUCUACGAGACGGAGUUAAUGAGCAGACGCGUGCGGCAGUACCUCGACGUGCUCGCGUACGAGAGCGACGAGGACGCCCUACACACCCUGUCUCUGCAGUGGGAGCCCGCCAACAACACGGUGCAUAAGAGCAAUGUGGAAAAAAGGCGAGUCGAUGCGUCUCCAGCAACGCCAAGAAGCCCCACUCCAAAGAAUAUUCCCCGAAAGAAGCCGCCACCAAAAGAAACAUUCGGUGCACAUACCCCCGGGUCUCACCCUGCAGAAGAGGGCCAGGACAGACCGAAAAGACCACAGGAAGACAGCCAAUCAAAUGCUUCCUCUCUCCGAUCGUCUCCGCCCACUUUUCCUAGCAACUCAUCCAGAAAGGGACCUGAUCAGCUGAGUCUAGUGAGUUCCUCAUCAUCUGACCUGCUCACGGCAGAUGACCACGUCCACCCGCACACACACGCCCCGUCUCACACACGCACAUGCUCGCAGACUCCUCACACACACCGGACGGAGCUGGAUCAGAUCAGUCUCGGAUCUUAUUCACUGACCCAGGACCAGUGUGACCGGGCCUCACUGGAUGCUGCCGACAGUGGGCGGGGCAGCUGGACGUCCUGCUCCAGCGGCUCUCACGACAACAUCCAGAGCAUCCCUCAGCGCAUCGGCUACUAUGACAGCCGGAGCUGGGAGACCUUAUCGGAGGGGCCAGGUAUUGGGCGGAGCCAGUCGGCCACACCUCUAGGCUACUGGGCCGACGAAUCGGAAGGCGACACGGGCACGAUCAAGCGGCGAGGGGGAAAGGAUGAAGUUCCGAACGUGCAAAAGAACACCACGGGUCGGAGGGAAGGGAAUUUCCGAGAGCCUCCACCCACUCCGCCUGGAUACACCGCUCGGUCCCUAGCCGAGGUCGAGGAACUCGGGCAUAACCAUAAUCUCGUUCACGGUCACACCCCUGGCCGACGCCCACCCGAUUACAACACAGCCCUGCAGAGGUCCCGCCUCAUCAAGAGGUCACUGGACUUAGAACCGCCCCCACAGCCACGCCCACCUACCCGCAUGCACGGAUACACUCACUGUCCUCCGCCCCGGCGACCGCCCUGUGACGAGAAUGAGCAGAUAUCCGCGGUGUGAGAAAUCAGCACACAGCCACGCUCCGGUCAUCUGCUCCACACGAAGCUUCUCCAAACCAAAACCGUCUCCGCUCCUGCUGUCCUCUGAAUCAGCUGUCAAUCAAAUCCCAAAGCAAGCGGGAACAGAGUCUGUGGUGAAGAGACAACCAACACAACACAUCGCUGCUGUUGUUGUUUUUUCUGUUUUAAAUUGGUUUGAAAUCACUGUGAGAACCACAAGAAAGAUGUUUUGGCACUUUGAAGGAAAGAAAAUGAAGGAAAACGGACAUCUUGAACAUUCACAUACACAGAAACUCAUUUUUUGUUUGUUUUUUUCUCAUGGAAACAGUGUUAUUUUAAUUGUUGUCUGAAGUCUACGUUGUGUGUGUGUGUGUGUGUGUGUUGCAUGCAAGGAUACUUGAAUCAGAAAGUGUUUGUGUCUGUGUGUAUGUGUGUGAGCGAGGGAAAGCUACGCCAUAGACCUCAGAAACAACUCAGUGUUGCCAUCAGUAUUCAGUGGAUCUUGUUACUUUUAUUUUAUUUUAUUUUUGUGAUUUCAAUCAUGUCUGUCUCUCACACACUGAUUUCCAAAUGCACUCUCGAGCAUCGUCAUCGUUUUUAAUUCAUUUCAAUCAUGAGCUCUGUUUUUAUUAUCGAAACAAAUUUCAUUCCUCUCUUCGCCAGUGGCAUUAGGCACAAAUUCUGACCCGUUGCACAGAUGGAGAAAGUGUAUAAAGAAAGGAACUGAAAGUUUGCGUUGUUGCUACUUGUUAUGAAAUAGUUAUUACAUAGCUACUUUUUAGGUCAUAAUUACAUAUGAGAUAAGAAAGAGCCUAGGUCUCUCAUUUCCCCGCCUCGAACCUUUUCAUACCACAUGUAUUUCUAUGUCUUUUAAAAAGACAGCUGUCUGUAUCACAUUUUGUAUUUUUAAUACAAAAAAAAAUUGUAAAUAUUGGUUAUAUUUUGUUUAAGAUUGCAGAGAGCUAUAUACUGUUGGAAGAGACAUUCAGCUAAAAUGAGUUUGAAUGACCAAGAAAUAAAUACUGUAGCAAUGA